UAACGUACCCAAUUCCUAUGGUAUCUCCGCAGUCUUCCUCGUGUAAUUUUUGGCACUGUCACUGUUUACUUUAUUCUUUUGGAAUCCUUAAGAAGCCGCCUUCACCGCUGUUCUCCCAAACAAAGACCACUUUUUUUGGAGUCUGCCGGAAAACCAGAUGGUCAGUGGCUCAUAGAAUAGCAACCGUAAUACUAUGGACAGUGAGCUCUUCAAUUUCAUCAAGAUAUGGAUCACAGCAACCACAUCUCUAGUCUACUGCUACUAUGUUGUAUCUCUCAUCCCAAGAGGCAUUCUCAGGCUUCUCUCUCUCCUCCCCAUUCUCUACCUCUUCUGCAUCCUUCCUCUUAACCUCUCCUCCAUCCUUCUUGGUGGCCCCACAAUCUGCUACCUUGUUUGGCUUGGUAAUUUCAAGCUCAUCCUCUUCUCCUUCGGUCAAGGCCCUUUGUCACCACAACCAUCAUUGUCUUUCAUCCAUUUCAUUUCCGUUGCUCUUCUCCCCAUCAAAAUCAAACAACACCCAUCUCCCCAAUCACCUCCCAAUCCCCAAAAGAACAAAACAAGUUCUGACCCAUCUCUCAAAUCAUCUCAAAAUUCCAAAAACAAUACAUACACAUCCCUCCAGUUACCUGCAACGGCCAAAAACAAUAGCAACCCAUCUGCAAAUUCAAACUCCAGUCAAGACCCAGAUUCCAAACUUGCCAAAAGUUUGGGCAAAAAAGUUCUUUUUGUUCUAAAGGUGGUGCUUUUGGAUGUGUUUAUUCGGGUAUACGACUAUAGGCAAGAUUUGCAUCCAUAUGUGAUAUGGACCCUAUACUGUUGCCAUGUUUAUCUUGCCGUUGAGCUAGUCCUAGCCAUCACUGCAGCCCCGCUUCGAGCCAUUCUAGGGUUUGAGAUGGAACCACAGUUCAACGAGCCAUACCUAGCCACUUCUCUCCAAGACUUUUGGGGUCGUAGGUGGAACCUCAUGAUUUCCAGUAUUCUACGACCAACCGUAUUCUAUCCUGUCCGCCGUAUUUCAACGCCUGUGGUCGGAAAAUUUUGGGGCCUACAACUAGCAUAUCUUGCCACAUUCUUGGUGUCUGGUCUGAUGCACGAGAUAAUUUAUUACUAUGUGACACGUGUGAGUCCCACGUGGGAGGUGACGUGGUUCUUUGUGCUCCAUGGGGUAUGUACCGGCGUGGAGGUUGCUGCCAAGACGGCGGUGAACGGGAGGUUUCGGCUGCACAGGGCGGUUUCAGGGCCACUCACGUUGGCGUUCGUGGCGGUGACCGGUGCUUGGCUGUUUUUCCCACAGAUUCUCAGGAAUGGCGUGGACCAUAAGGUUAUUGGGGAGCACAAAAUAUUGGUGAAUUUUGUGAGAUGCAAACUGUCAAUUUAGUAGCUUUGGCCUAGAUAGUAGAUACUUAAUUAUGGAAAGAAAAAUGUUACAUGUGGAACCCAAAUAUAUAUCAUUUUGUAGGUAAGGGUGGAAUGAGUGGAUAAAAAAUUGAUAGGAUCCUCUCAUCUAAAUAAUGAUAUGCAUUUAAGUUAUAAUUUUUUAAAUUUUAUUUGGGUUUUAUAAAAUUACUCG